CAUCCAACAGCUGGCCCAGUGAAGGGUGGCCCUCGCGAUUUUGUUCAACCAACCAACGCUGGACAACAACCAACAGUUGUGCCAGUGAAAGGUGGUCCUCGCGAUUCCGGCGAACGAACGAAAGCUGGUCGACAUCCAACAGCUGGCCCAGUCAAGGGUGGCCCUCGGGAUUCUGUUCAACCCACCAAAGCUGGACAACUACCAACAGUUGUGCCAGUGAAAGGUGGUCCUCGCGAUUCCCUACAACCAACGAAAGCUGGACAACAACCAACAGCUGGCCCAGUGAAGGUGAAAGGUGGUCCUCGCGAUUCUGUUCAACCCACCAAAGCUGGACAACUACCAACAGUUGUGCCAGUGAGAGGUGGUCCUCGCGAUUCUGUUCAACCAACGAAAGCUGGACAACUACCAACAGUUGUGCCAGUGAAAGGAGGUCCUCGCGAUUCUGUUCAACCAACCAAAGUCGGACAACACCCAACAGCUGGCCCAGGCAAGGUUGGUCCUCGCGAUUCCCUGCAGCCGAGGAAACCUUGUCAACGCCGAAGGGGGUGCCCAGUGAAGGGUGGCCGUCGCGUUUCUGUGGAAUCAACGGAAUCUGGUUCGGAUGAAUCCGGCGUAGUGCCGAAGUUUGCAACUGAGAAAAGAAGGGAACUGAUGGCAAGGGAAAGAUCAUCAAUUUCGCGAAAGAAGGGAGGAGCUGCGCGUAAAGCUCUGGGUGGCUGGGUGUCCGGAAUUGGCAUACGUGGUAUUGUCUCCACGGUAUCAACGAAGCGUCACAGAAAUUGUGAUACUAUUCUAUCCGCAGAGAUUGAUUGCGAAAAUGGCCAUAAGAUUUCUACGGAUAUGGACAAAAUACUUGGUUCUUUUCUUGUAAAUAAUUGUUCAAGUAGAAUAUUUUCUGCCGACAUCAGUCUUUCUGAAGGGGUUAUUGCGAAGCUGUCAUCAUUAUUGAACGAACAACUUUUGCAUAAUGGAUCGAAAGAUGAGCCGAAUAUAUCAUUCAUGAAGGCAAUUGGUAACGAAACACAUACUCGAUUUUAUUAUUCAUGUAUCGCGGAUAAAGAGUAUCAUACAGAGAUUGAAGCUGCGUUACGUACUAUAUGCAAAGACAAAGGAUUGCACGAUACUAUUGAUGAAUAUCAACGUAGUUCAUGUAAUGAAGAUUCAAGUAUAUUGGAUAGUUCUAGCGAUGAUUAUAGCCAUAGCUCUUUUGAAAAUACCGAACAACCAGAUGAAAAGUUCCAGUCAGACUCUUCUGACUCAACAUUUUUGAAUGCCUCGAAGGAAUGCAAGUCUAAACGAACAAGUAACAAAUGUACUAAACGUCGAACUGGUCACAUCACUCGUAUUCUAUCAACUACAUAUGACCUUGGAUUCAAACAAAGAGGUGGUUAUAAUUCGGCAUGUGCUCGAUGUGCCUUACGUAAAAUCAGUUCAACACUGCUGUUAGAAGGCAUAACGUUGGAACAAAUAUCCAGUCGGCUUUGUGGGCGAUUUCCACAAAACUUCAAAUAUAUUUUAGCUGCUGAAGUUCGCAAAUAUCAACGGGUUGGUCUCAAAUCGAUCGAAAUCACAAGUAUUUCAGUUGAUCAAAAGCAAAAUUUGAUCGUCGAUUUUGACAUUAUCGUUGAUCCACAAUACAACGCACUGGUACGCAGUGCAUUACGACGUGCUGUAAUCACGCUUGAUCUCAAACGCGUCUUCAAAUAUCAACAGCGUUAUUAA